UAUUUGCUCAACUCCACUCGUUCAGAGUGCUUUCUUCUAAACGCUAGUAAUUCUUUUGAAAGGUAAAAGCUUUUAGUCUAACAUAAUGGGCAUAACCGAGGCAUGCUCAAGAUUGAUUGGAGACGCGUUGCAUGCAUUUGGAAGCUCAAGAGCUAGCUCAGCGGCAACUCACCUUGGUGAGGACGAUCGUGGUUGCAAGCAACAGAAUGCGCGCAAGGUUGAUGACACAAUGGUCCUAGCUCUAAUCACCGUGUUCGGAAUGCAAAACAAUGGAAGAAUCAAGAAGGAAAAUGCGCGGCGAGUGGUGGAGAAGCUUGGCUUGAUAUAUAGUACUCCUCCUUCCGAGGAAGACAAAUCUGGCUUUGAGCUACCUGGCGAAGGUGUUCUAGACGACGACGAUGAAGUGCCCAUAGAGGAGGUGCUUGGCGGCUUCGAGGAUGCGUCGAAGCGCAACGAGUUACUGCGUGAAGCCUUCAAGAUUUUCGACGAGGAUGGUGAUGGAUAUAUAGAGGCAGUGGAGUUGAAGAGGGUCCUGGAGUGCUUGGGAUUGGACGAGGGGUUGGGUAUGGAUCAGAUCGAGAAGAUGGUGAGAAUUGUGGAUUUGAACUUGGACGGGAAGGUUGAUUUCAGUGAGUUCCAAUUAAUGAUGAAGUGAAAAUUAACCUCACUGAUUAUUUAUCAAAGAAUAUUAUUAUUUAUUGAGUUUGUUAUGAUAAUUAUUGUAUAUCCUUCUCUUCUUUUGAAGGAAAAUGCAUCGUCUUGAAAAUUUGAGGUUGGUUUAAUUGGAAACAUGAAAUUGCAGAGUCGCCGCAUUUGAUCAAUUUGCUUCAUUACUUGUUUAGAAGAAACUUGAAAAUCUGGGAUUUUUUUUUUUUUUUUUUUUUUUCCCGAGCCUGAACAAUAAAUUGGCAACAUUUGAAGUCCAAAUAGCCAUCAACCUUCAACAUAAAUAUACAUUGAACUCUGUCUUGCUAUGCUAUGCACUCGGAUACGGAUGCA